AUGCCACGACUGCCUCCUCAGCUGGCCCGAGCCAUCGCGCGUGGUCCUUCAUUACCAAGCACUUCGUCAAUAUCAGUGCGGAACUCAAUACAACGACCGACACUCUCAUUCUUGAAGCCUUCUCUCAGUCCCAUUCUCUCACUCGCUCGUCUUCCAUUCAACUCCUCCUCAAUCACACUUCCAUGGAGUCUGCCAUCACUAUUUACACCUCAAGCGCAGCAGACGCGCUUUGGCUCACGAGGAGCUGAGUAUCAACCGUCACAGAGGAAGCGAAAGCGCAAGCACGGUUUCCUUGCCAGAAUGAAGACCGCUGGAGGUCGAAAAGUUAUUGCAAGGCGAAGGGAAAGGGGUCGUAAAUUUUUGACUCAUUGA